CGGGGAAGGUUUUGCGAGAAAGGUUGAUCUCAAGCGUCACUUGGAAACCCAUUCGAAGGAUCGUGCAUUCGAAUGCCCUGAUUCUAGCUGCACCAGUCGUUUUCUCAGAUUUCGCGGAAAGAUAAACUUGACGAUCACAUCAAAACUUGGCAUCCUCAUUUCAUGAAUAUUAUCUUGUCCAAACGAUGCGAUGUUCAUGGAUGCACGGUCAAGAAACCUUUCAAUUCUAUUGAAGAUCGUCAGGCACACUUCACAACCACGCACAAGAUUCAUCGCCCAAAUCACUGCCCAAUCGAGGAGUGCACCCGACACAGCAAUGGAUUUACCACUCUGGGAAAACUUGUCGAACACAUCAAAGUUGAACAUGAUCCUCCAAAAUGCACAUUUGACCAUUGCGACUUUCGAUCCUUAGGAAAUGUUAUGGUCGGACACGUUCAGCGAAUGCAUCGUCAAGGCAACGGCUGGGAAUGCAAGCUUCCAGGAUGUGAAGGAUCAAAGUCUGGAUUUACUUACGACCGAUUCAGAUCGCACGUCUUCUCUCAUGGCAUUGGCAAUUGGUCUUACAGCCAGUUGUGGGCUGUGGACCGAGGUGAUAAAAGUUUUAUACUUGACGGAACGUUUGUGACGUGCAAGCAUUGUUCUGAGAGCAGGGCUCCAUCCGGUCAAAACGAAGCGUCAAAAGAUGGGACCGCAUGAUGACCACACUUUGAAGUCUCAAACUGUUCCGAUGGAGGGUUGGGCUUCGUUAUGGGGCAAGAUAGGCCUCCUAAGGGAAACUUUCAUUUCAUAUCCUAUCGACUUACAAUUUGUUUUCGCGUUUCCAAGAUUUCAUCGACUACUAUCUCUACGCUCAUUAAUGGAAGAUGUCAAGUUAGGAAGGACAAAUAGGAAGGGCAAAACUAGGUAUAUCACUCGGAAAGUACGUUAGCUACUUGUCUAUCGCAAUCAAUGAUUAAAUCUACUUCAAAUCACAAGAAAACUUUCCAGGGCGUCUGAAACCCUUAAGCUUGAACAUACUACGCUCUAUUGUCUUGACUAGUACUUUUGACUGGUGGGCCUAAUCAAC